GCUUCGUGCUGGCGGAGGGAUCUACUUUCAAGCUCCGUGGCAUCGCUGCAGGGGGAGAAACUCCGCGUUGGUUAGGUCCUCGUCGUUCUCGGCCUGAUUGUACAGUAUGCGUCGCCGCACAAAAAUACACUGACCGGGAAAACACAACGUAGUCGUCCGGACUGAAGCUGCUGACGUUUCCCAGCCGACACCGCGGCAUUCGACAGGCGACAUGCCGGGAAUGAUGGAUAAAGGUUCCGAAUAUUUAGGGAAAGCUCGCUCCAACGGUACUAAGAGUCCGUCCAACGCCUCUAAUGGACAUUUAACGGACGAGAGCGGCAGUGACGACGAACACGAUGUUGGCAUGCGAGUCGGAGCGGAUUAUCAGGCCAACAUCCCGGACUUCGAGGCCGGCUCUAGCAAAUAUUCGGAGAAGGACAACGGUGGGAUGUUGGUGUGGUCGCCCUAUCAUAACAUCGAUGACACCAAACUGGAUGAAUACAUCGCGCUUGCUAAAGAGAAACAUGGCUACAAUGUGGAGCAGGCCCUCGGGAUGCUCUUCUGGCACAAACACAACAUCGAGAAAUCUUUGGCCGACCUUCCCAAUUUCACGCCCUUUCCUGACGAGUGGACGGUGGAGGACAAAGUUCUCUUCGAACAAGCUUUCAGUUUCCACGGGAAGAGUUUUCACCGCAUCCAACAAAUGCUACCAGAUAAGUCCAUCUCCAGUUUGGUCAAGUAUUACUACUCAUGGAAGAAGACCAGAUCCAGAACCAGUCUGAUGGACCGACAAGCUCGGAAACUCGCCAGCAGGAGCAACCAAGGGGACAGCGAUGAGGAAAUGGAAGAGCCAAACGCCAUGGAAACAAACGACAGCGACUAUGAUCCCAACAAAGAAACCAAGAAAGAGAACCAGACAGAACCGUCCACGCCGGCGUCAAAGUUGGCUUUGGGUCGGCGGGAGCAUCAAACGCUGCAGCACCGCCACCAUCAGCGGUCCCGUUGCCGCCCCCCUAAAGGCAUGUACCUGACCCAGGACGACGUGGUGGCGGUGUCCUGUAGCGCCGCCGCCGCCAACACACUCUUACGCCAGCUUGACAUGGAGCUGGUGUCCCUCAAGAGGCAGGUCCAGAACGCCAAACAGAUGAACAGCGGGCUGAAGCACGUCUUGGAACCCGGAAUAAGCGACUUCCGACUCCCUGAGUGCGGUCAGAAGGUGAACGCUCGCUGGACGACGGAUGAGCAGCUCCUUGCCGUUCAAGGAGUCAGGAAGUACGGCAAAGACUUCCAGGCCAUCGCAGACGUCAUCGGCAACAAGACGAUCGGACAGGUGAAGAACUUUUUCGUCAACUACCGGCGGCGUUUCAAUUUGGAGGAGGUGCUUCAGGAGUGGGAGGCGGAGCAGGGAACGCCGGCUCCUAACGGGGAUGGCGCCACCUCGGGGGAGGAGGGAAAGAACAUGUCUGCCACGCCUUCCGGGAAGAGCACCGACGAGGAGGAUGAAGAGGCUCAGGCCACCUCAGGCGCAUCGCCCGUCGCCGCCGGCUCGUCUUCAUCUCAGACGGCCGUCGCAUCAAGCCCCGCCUCCUCCCUUCACCAGCCCCCACCUCUCCUGCGCCCCUCCCUGCCGGCCACUCCCUCCCUGCAUCGCCAACCGCCCCCGCUCCAGCAGCAGGCCCGCUUCCUGCAGCCGCGGCCCGCCCUGCAGCAGCCCCCGCCUCUCAUCCGUCCCUCCAACCCCCCGCCGCCGCGUCUCAACCCCCGCCCUUCCGUUCCCGCAACCCUCGGCGGUAGCGCGGGGGGUGCGGGUGCAAGCGGCGCCCAACAGCCCUCCGGUGUGGCGGUCAACCAAUCGGACUCGUCGUCCUCCAUCCACUAGCCAACAAGAAGCAAAGAUGCAUUCAGGUGAGAGUGGGGAAUUUGGACGUUGGCCACCUAUCAGAGGAACGUAACGCCAUGUUGGCGGAGUCGAGAUAGUGGCACGGGGCCGUGCAACAGAAAUGUACAUACAUGUACAGUAACGGGAGACCGGAAACGCGGUCGUUUACACGGCUGACUUGCGUGCAGACAGCCUGGGUUCGAGUCCCACCCUGGGGUAGGCGCCGACUAAGCGGCACAAAAGAAAGUUAUUUUCCUUUUUAUUUUCUUUGUCACUUGCUAAUACAUAAGUCAUAUAUAUAUAUUGAUCAUUUACAUGCUAAUCAUACUUUUGUUAAUCCAACAUUGACAUGCUCGUUAAGUAAGUUUGUUAUUAAAUUAAAAUAAAUGGAUCAUUUAUGUGCCAGUCAAGGCUUCACUCACCCAACAAGAACCCGAAUGACAGAUGUGAUUCCAAAUGAUCUAGUCUGUAUGUAUUAUAACCACGUAUCAGCGUCUUAUUGACAUUCUAUAUAUCAUUGCGUGU